GGUCCUGUAUGUUCCGCUACAUUAAGUCAAAAUCUUAUUACCUCCUGAAUUUUCUAGAGGUUAAGACAGACAAUUUGGUCACUGAAUGUUCAACUCGACACUUCGAGACCUUCAUAUUUACUGGGAAAUAACUAGUCACUGAGUACAGUCCUCACUUGAAUGUUGAUUUGUAAGCAUGACUGAGAAAUCAGCCGCCAUUUGCUAAUAUCAAAACCAACUAAGAAUGUCAAGUAAUUUGGUGAUGCCACGGUUAAACACUUUUCCAUUUCCCGCCUUCUUUGCUCUGUGCAAAUUAAAAUUCACGAAUUGUAGGGCCCAAAUUGCUAAUCAUUUAAAACCGCUUUUAAAAGUCACUACCUGAUACGUUAUCUUUUCGUAUAAUCUGAAACAGAAAGAAGGCUUUAAAAUAAACGCUUUAAGAAGAAUUAAUUGAUUUCCGAUGAAGGCCGUCGGGUUGUCUUUUAGCGAAAAUUCCACACUAUUGCUCAAAAAACACAAAUUAUGCAGAAAACAAAAGGAGUCAACAGCCAAUUAAGUUGUUCCUGCAGCCAUUUGGACCAAUCAGAAUCCGCUCCUCCGUAUAAAUUUUGGUCGCGCUUCUUCCAGGCUCAGAGUUUCCUUUGUGAACUUAAGCUAGUAGUAAUGGCUCGUACUAAGCAGACCGCUCGCAAGUCCACCGGCGGCAAGGCCCCGCGCAAGCAGCUGGCCACCAAGGCUGCUCGCAAGAGCGCGCCGGCCACCGGCGGCGUGAAGAAGCCCCACCGCUACCGGCCCGGCACCGUGGCGCUGCGCGAGAUCCGGCGCUACCAGAAGUCGACCGAGCUGCUGAUCCGCAAGCUGCCGUUCCAGCGGCUGGUGCGCGAGAUCGCGCAGGACUUCAAGACCGACCUGCGUUUCCAGAGCUCGGCCGUCAUGGCGCUGCAGGAGGCUUGCGAGGCCUACCUGGUGGGUCUGUUUGAGGACACCAACCUGUGCGCCAUCCACGCCAAGCGCGUCACCAUCAUGCCCAAGGACAUCCAGCUGGCCCGCCGCAUCCGCGGGGAGAGGGCUUAAGUUGGUCUCUGCAGUGUUUUUUUCAAAGGCUCUUUUCAGAGCCACCCAAAUCUGCACGGAAGGAGCUGUUUGCUUCUGUUUGGGCCUUGCCAUUUUAGAAUUUUACCCUUAGGAAGACACUAGCUCACUUCCUUAGUAUAUUUCUGACCGGUUUGUUUCCUGAGGCAUGUAUUUAAUAAGUGCCAGGUUUGGUUUUCAAACUCCCUAAGUUAAUGGUACCUUCCUGUGUUUAGCGAGCUACUCCAGAAUAAAUACGUUUGGGUUAAAAUUAAA